CAACUUUGAACUUUACCGGAUUGGUGAAAAACGAGUUUUGGAUGAAAAAGAACGGAAGGGUAGUCGACAAAAAAGUGGAUGUAAACUAUUGAAAUUGUGGAAAAACACAGACUUAGUCCGUGUCUCACAUUCAUCAUAACUUAUGGCUAAAAGUCCGGUACAAAAAGGAAUCCACCAAGAUGAUUCUCUACAGGUAUCUGUUGUUAGUGACGAUGAUAGUGAUGACAGUUGGAAACAAAAGAGAAUUCAGAGUGUUCUACAUCAGGUAGAUGCACCACAGAAGUCAGACUCACAUCACAGGAGCAGUGAUAGCAGUAGUGGUUCAGACAGUAGUGAUGGCGAGGUGACGAGUGCUGGGCGCUUUCGCAGUGUAGUCGGAACAACCGUCAAGAGGCCUGAUUAUAGAAGUGACGGUGAAAGCAGUGAUGAUGACAGGGGGAAAAGAGACAAAGCAAAGGCACGCCGGCAAGCUCGAUCACAGAAUGACCGUGUCAAAAAACGCAGGCAGAGUAGAUCAAGGUCACCAGUUUACAGAGGUCGUCAAGGAAGGACAAGUCGCAGCAGGUCAAGAUCUUCAGGGGACAAAGAUCGGAAUAGCAAGAGAAGUCGUAGCAGGUCAAGGUCACCAAAUUAUCGGGAUCGGAGAGGUCGUCGGGAUUAUGGUCGAAAUGAAUCUCACCGUGAUAGGAGACGAGAUUACGACAGACAAGAAGAAAAAUGGAAUCGAAGGAAGAGGAUUCAUGAUGACGAUAAAGAAAACAAAAGAAAUGAGCGUGAAGGUGAUAAGAAGUCAACUGAUGAAGCCCCUGCAGAGCCAAAGGAAAAGAAGAAGAAACCAGAGCCUGAUAUUCUUACCACAAGGACCGGGGGUGCUUACAUUCCCCCUGCUAAGCUACGUCUAAUGCAACAACAAAUAACAGACAAAACAUCAACUGCUUAUCAACGAAUAGCAUGGGAAGCACUAAAGAAGAGCAUAAAUGGUUUGAUCAACAAAGUCAAUGUUUCAAACAUCGCACUUAUAGUCACAGAAUUGUUUGCAGAAAAUAUUAUCCGUGGCAGAGGGAUGUUAGCAAGGUCUAUAAUUCAAGCUCAGAGUGCCUCACCCACAUUUACACAUGUCUAUGCAUCUCUUGUUGCAAUCAUCAAUUCUAAACUUCCUCAGAAUGGUGAACUGAUAUUGAAACGGCUGAUUGUCAACUUCCAGAAGAGCUUCAAGCGAAAUGACAAGAGCUUGUGCUUAUCAGCUACUAGAUUUAUUGCUCAUUUGGUCAACCAACAAGUAGCACAUGAGGUACUUGCUUUGGAAAUACUAACACUGUUGCUUGAAAACCCAUCAGACGAUUCUGUUGAAGUUGCUGUUGGCUUCCUAAAGGAAUGUGGUCAGAAGCUAUACGAUAUUUCACCCAGAGGCAUGCAUGCGAUAUUUGAUCGUUUACGAAGCAUCCUCCAUGAGUCCCAGAUUGAUAAACGAGUACAGUACAUGGUUGAAGUGAUGUUUGCCGUGCGUAAGGAUGGAUUCAAGGACUUUCCCACCAUAGUGGAGGGCCUGGAUUUGGUGGAUGAGGCAGAGCAGUUCACUCAUCUUUUGACCUUAGAGGAACAAUACACUACAGAAGACAUUCUGAAUGUGUUCAAGCAUGACCAGGAGUACCUUGAGAAUGAAGAGAGGUAUAAACAAAUCAAGAUAGGUCUUCUAGGAGGUGAUAGUGAUUCAGACUCCGACGGGAGUGAGGAAGGCAGUUCAAGUGAGGCUGAAUCGGACACUGAAGCUGCCAAAAUGGAAAUUCUUGAUCGGACAGAAACGAACUUGGUUGCUUUACGUCGUACUAUCUACUUAACUAUUCAGUCUAGUGCUGUGUUUGAAGAAUGUGCCCACAAACUUCUCAAGAUGGAAAUAAAACCAGGCCAAGAGAAAGAAGUUUGCUUGAUGAUAUUGGAUUGUUGUGCUCAACAGAGAACCUAUGAAAAGUUCUAUGGUCUGCUAGCUCAAAGAUUUUGCCAGUUAAAAAAGGAGUAUCUUGAGAAUUUUACAAUAAUAUUUGGAGAACAGUACGAUAUCUGUCAUCGCUUAGAAACCAAUAAACUUAGGAAUGUGGCCAAGUUCUUUGCACAUCUUCUAUACACUGAUGCCAUACCCUGGACGGCAUUAUCCUGUAUCAGGCUGAAUGAAGAUGACACCACAUCUUCAAGUCGAAUCUUCAUCAAGAUCUUAUUCCAGGAGCUGUCUGAGUACAUGGGACUCCCAAAACUGAACGAAAGAUUCAAAGAUCAAACAUUGCAGCCAUUCUUGGAAGGUCUAAUGCCACAUGACAAUCCAGCCAACACCAGGUUCUCUAUCAAUUUCUUCACAACAAUUGGACUUGGAGGCCUUACGGAUGAUCUUCGUGAACACUUAAAGUUACAACAAAAAAAGAUAAUGGAGCAGAGACAGCCUCUUAUGAAAAGCGACUCUUCUGAUUCCUCUGAUUCCAGUUCCGACGAAUCGAGUUCAUCGGACGAUGAGAGCUCAUCAUCAUCGUCCACAUCUAGUACUUCAUCAGAAUCUGAAGACGAACGAAGAAAAAGAAAAAAAAAGAAACAAACCAAUGAAAAAAAGAAAAACAAAGGAAAAUCAAAACAAAUACGGGAGAAGAAGAAAAGGAAAAAAAAGCCAGUGUCAUCAUCAUCAUCUUCGUCGUCGUCCGCUUCGUCGUCGUCUUCAUCAUCAUCUAGUAGCGGUAUUGCAUCAAAUUCAAGUACAGAUUCUGACUCAUCAGACGCUGAGUCAGCGCAGGAAAUUUCAAGGAGUGACAGAAAAAAAAGAAGACAAGUAGAUGAAAGAAAUUAUGGACAAUUAGGUAAUGGAAGAGAGGAAAAUGAUAGAAGCAAUCAGAUUUAUCGCAGAGGAAAAGAAGAUAGGAUAAACAGAGGCAGAGAUGAUAGGGAUCACAUGAGAAGGGAUGAGCGGGUUGGAAGAGGUAGAGAUGAGGAUAGCAGGUGGAGGGGUGAAGGGGACCACAGAUGGAGGGACGAAGGAGAAAAAAGUUGGAGGAACGAAGAAGAAAACAGACGGAGAGAUGAAAGAGACAACAGAAUGAGGGAGGAAAGUGGCUACAGAGGAAGGGAGGAAAGGCACAGCCAAGGGAGGGCUGAAAGGGAUAGCCGAGGGAGGGACAACCAAGGGAGGGACAAUGAAAGAGACAACCGAGGUAGAAACAAUAGACAAAACAGGGAAAACUACAAUAAUAGAGAGAGAGAGAGUUCAGAAAGUCCCAAGAUCAGAAGGGUAAAUCACAAAAAUAGAGGAAGGGAAAAUUCAGAAAGUCCAGGGGUCAGAAGAAGGGAAAGAUACAUUAAUAGAGGAAGGGAAAGAUCAGAAAGCCCAGAUAUGAGGAGGGAAAGCCACAAAAAUAGAGGAAGGGAGGUUUCAAAAAGUCCAGAGGUCAGAAGAAGGGAAAGGUACAUUAAUAAAGGAAGGGAGAGAUCAGAAAGCCCAGAGAUAAGGAGGGAAAACCACAAAAAUAGAGGGAGGGAGAGAUCAGAAAGCCCAGAGAUAAGGAGAGAAAACCACAAAAAUAGAGGGAGGGAGAGAUCAGAAAGCCCAGAGAUAAGGAGAGAAAACCACAAAAAUAGAGGGCGGGUGGGUUCAGAAAGUCCAGAGAUAAGGAGAGAAAACCGCAAAAAUAGAGGGAGUGAUAGAUCAGAAAGUCGAGAGAUCAGGAGGGAAAGGUACAUUACUAGAGGAAGGGAGGGUUCAGAAAGUCCAGAUGUAAGGAGGAUAAACUUCAAUAAUAAAGGGAGAGAGAGUCCAGAAAGUCCAGACAUCAAAAAGAAAUAUAUCUACAAUAAUAAGUGGAAGGAAAGUUCAGAAAGCCCAGAGGUCAGAAGAAGAAAUCAUGAUGAAGACAGAGAAAGGCUUAAAGAGACACCAGAUAAAAGAGAUCGCAUAGAGGAACGAAACAGCAGACACCGUUACGAGGAACGCAACAGACGUUACUGAGGAACUUGUGAUAACAAGAUACUGCAGAACAUCAAAAAGGAGAGGAGAUGCAUCUGCCUCAAUCAAUAGAGAACAAUUGAAAACAGCAUGCAUCUAAUGAAUUGACAAGAGAAAUGCAUAAACAGACAGAGAAGAGCUACUGUGUGUAGACAAACUAGAUGAAAGUAUAGUAAAGGGAAUAUAUUUGAGUGGGAAACUGCUUUAAUGGUGUAUUUGUAAAAGUAGUGUCAUGGACUCACCUUGGAUACCACUACUAAGAGUUUACUUUUCAUAAAAUCUGAAUGUGAAAAUCAGUUUAUGAGGUCAACAAAAAGAUGAUGCACCCAGCCUUUAGUUGAAUUUAGCCCACAGUUGAUGAACUUUUCUUAAAAUUGAUGGGGCUAAGCUGAUAAGCUCAAACCCCAAUUAUUUCCCCUCUAGUGUACUGUGAAUUGCACCAUGUUUCAACAUAAUGCUUUGAUAAAUUUCUGUUAUGAUGAUUAUCACUGGUAGUGGUACUGGUUAUAUUACCUUACCCAUGUUCUUUUUAAGAUCAGCAAUGGCAACGCCAGAAAAUUUCCAAAUCCAUGAUGAGAGGUCCUCGGCCCCACCAUGGUUUGAGAAAUUUUUCUUUUAAAUAGAAAUAGGCCCAGAAUUGCCACUCCCAGACUAUAAACAUGUUUUCAAAGCUGUGUUCCCCAACAAAAUAAUUGACUUCUCCCUCAAUAGAGGGGUUGGUAUGCUCCAAUAGUAACUGUUCCUAUACCCAUGCUUUAUGUGAAAUGUCGCAUCAUUAAUGCUUAUGCAUGGUGGCCUAAUGCAAAUAUUUGAUGUUGUUAUAGUGAAGGCAAGAUCACGUCAAGGUUCACAAUGUACUAGGUGAAAUUAAUUCAAAUCCUCAGCAUCACAAAGAUGCACUGUCACAUUUGAAAUUUAAAAAAAAAAAAAACAUUGAAAAAUUCAAAUUUGUAUUGCUUGUAUAAUAUACUGUCAGUAAGAUGAAGUUAUUACAACAAUCCUUAAAUUUUCUGCCGAACAUAGAAAAAAAAAGGUACGGUAUUGUAUAAACAUCAACUAACUGAUACUGUAGUCAAUUUUUUCCUCAUUCUAAUUUUAAUUUGAUCACUUACAACUUACUGAAAUAUUGAAAUCAAGCAAUUCAAUGAUAAAAAAAAUUGAGUACAUGGCAGUGUAUCUAUAAAGGUGUGGUGGUCUUGUAUCUUAAAAAAAUAGAUUAAUUUCAUGUUUGACAUGAAAACCACAGUGCACCCUCUAAUUCAAGACCACAUUUGGUGAAAAAGAAAAGGCUGUGGUCUCUAAUUGGAAGGUGCACUGUAUUUGCUUCUUGUUACAUAAUGUAAUAAUCUACACUAUAAAAAGUUGUGAACAGUGAUGAUGUAAAUAUAGUU